UUGAAUCAUGUCUUUAAAAGGCCCCUCGCAUAUAUCUCAAUGUUUCAUCCGAGAGAGAAAAAAAUAUGGGAUCAUCCUCGUACCUCUCCAUGUCCUUAUGUUGGCUCUGCCUUUUCCUAGUCCAGUGUUCUAAUCUUAUUAAAGUGACUAACUCUUCCUCUCCUAUGCAACCACUUCUAUGCAAGGAAGAGGAGAGCACCGCCUUGUUACUCUUCAAGCAGAGCUUUUCAAUUGAGAAAUUUGCUUCUACCGGGCAUUCUGCUUAUCCAAAGGUUGCAUCGUGGAAGCUCGAUGGAGAAAAUAGUGAUUGUUGCUUGUGGGAUGGCGUUGAGUGCGACAAGGACUCUGGCCAUGUGAUUAGCCUCAACCUCAGUAGCAGUUUUCUCUACGGCUCUAUCAACUCAAGUAGCAGCCUGUUCAACCUUGUUAACCUUCAGAGGCUUAACCUCGGUGACAACCACUUCAAUGAUUCUAAAAUCCCAUCUGCAAUUAGCAAGCUCUCGAGGCUGACAAGUCUUGACCUCUUGGCUUCAAACUUUUCUGGCCAAAUCCCAUCAGAAGUCCUAGGAUUGUCCAAGUUGACUUCACUUGUGUUUUCAUUUAAUCGAUUGAAGCUUCACAAGCCCGGUUUCAGUAGCUUAGUUGAGAACUUAACUAGCUUACAAAUGCUGCAUCUUAGUGACGUGGACAUAUCUUCUGCAGUGCCUCAUACUUUGGCCAAUUUGUCUUCUUUGACAUCACUCAUUCUCAGAAACUGUGGGUUGUAUGGUCAAUUCCCAAUAGAUAUAUUCCACCUAAAUAAGCUGCAAGUUCUUAGUGUGCGUGACAAUCAAAAUCUCACCGGUUAUUUGCCUGAAUUUAACCAGAGUAUUCCCCUCAAGGAAUUGAGACUUGCUUCCUCCAAUUUUUCAGGUAAUCUACCAUAUUCAAUUGGGAAUCUUAACUCCUUGAUUGUGUUAGAUUUCACUGAAUGUGAGUUCUCCGGUUCCAUUCCAGCAUCGAUAGGUAAUUUGACUGAGCUCACCCAUGUUCGCCUUAAAUCUAAUAAGUUUACAGGUCAGAUUCCUUCUAUGGCAAGCCUAUCACAACUCAAUUUUCUAUCACUUGCGUACAAUAAGUUCGACAGAGGUACUCUGCCUUGGCUUGGAAAGCUAGCUAAACUGACUGAAUUAGACCUUGCUGAAAUCAAUCUUUAUGGUUCCAUCCUAUUGUCUCUUGCAAACCUAACUCAACUCUCUAUUGCAAUCCUUGACUCCAAUCAUUUAACCGGUCAAAUUCCAUCUCAGCUUAUGAAUCAAUCCCAAUUACGUGGGAUUGACCUUUCAUACAAUCAAUUGCAAGGCCCAAUUCCAAGUUCAUUCUCUCGCCUCACAAAUUUUCAAUUCCUUGAUCUUUCUUUCAAUAGACUCAGUGGCACGGUGGAGCUUGAAAUUUUUUAUCAGCUAAAAAAUCUCACUCGACUCGUACUAUCCGAAAACAAGUUAACUGUGAUGACCAAAAACACCACUAACACAACUCUGCCGCAGUUGAGGGUUUUAGAAUUGCGUUCAUGCAACUUGAGGAAAUUCUCAAUUCCAUCACUAUCCAUUUAUUCUUAUGAUGUCUCAAACAACAAAUUGAAUGGAGAAAUUCCAGCAGAGUUUUGCAGUGCAACUUCCCUAAACUGGCUUGAUUUGUCUGACAACAACCUGGGUGGGAAAAUUCCUCCAUGUCUGGGCAACCUUAGCAAAUCUCUGUCUGUUUUGAAUUUAAGAGGCAACAACUUUCAAGGAACCAUUCCUCAAACAUUCCAACAAGGUAACACACUGAGGAUGAUCGACUUGAGUGAAAACCAAUUACAGGGGAAGAUGCCAAGAUCAUUGGCAAGUUGUACCAUACUUGAGAUUCUCAAUCUUGGGAACAAUCAGAUUGAGGACACUUUCCCCUUUUGGUUGGGAGCUCUUCCAAGGUUACAGAUUCUCAUUUUGCGAUCCAACAGAUUCUAUGGUGCAAUUGGGAGUCCGAAAUUCAAUUUAGAAUUCCCACAUUUGCACAUUAUUGACCUCUCUUACAAUGUUUUCACAGGUGAAUUGCCGCUAGACUACUUCCAAACUUGGAAAGCAAUGACAAUAGUCGAGGUGGGCCGGCUAACAUACAUGCAUGCCAACAUAAGUUACCAAACUUGGAAGCGUCAAUGGAAUUACGACUACGAAUACUCAUUGACCAUGACGAACAAAGGCAUACAAAUGGCAUAUGACAAGAUUCAAACUUUCUUGAAUGCCAUUGAUCUCUCAAGCAACAAAUUUGGAGGGAAAAUUCCAGAAUGCAUUGGAUAUCUCAGGGGGCUUGAGUUGCUCAACCUGUCGAGCAAUGCUCUUGUUGGUUCCAUCCCUUUAUCUUUAGGAAACUUGACAAAUCUUGAAUCACUCGACCUUUCUCAAAACAAGCUCUCUGGAGAGAUCCCUCAGCAACUAACGCUACUCACUUUCCUUUCAUUUUUCAAUGUCUCGCGUAACCAUCUCACCGGGCGCAUACCACAUGGGAAACAAUUUGAUACAUUUCAAAGCAACUCCUACGAGGGGAACUUAGGAUUGUGUGGAAACCCUUUGUCGAAGAAUUGUGGAGACUCGGAGUCAUCUCCUCCACCACCACCUUCAUUCUUUGAACAAAAUGAAGAUUCAGAGUUCCCAAGUAAUAUUGAUUGGAUUAUCAUAUGUACGGGUUUUGGAAGUGGGCUUGCGGUUGGUCUGGUUAUUGGACACACCUUGACCACAAGGAAACAUGAAUGGUUUGUCAAAACUUUUGGAAGGAGGCAACAGAAAUGGAGGCAUGAGAGGAAGAGGGAAUAAAGAAAUGAAUGUUACAAGCUUUGUUUCCUUCUAGGAAGUAAAUCUUUGUAAUUGUUUCCUUUAAUCCAAAAGCUGUGCAACAUUUUGUGAUUUAUGUUGAGAUUGUAUUUGGCACUUCUUUCACAUAUCAGGUUGUAUUAGUUAACUUUUUAUAUUUUAUUUCUAUGUAAAAUUUAAUUUUCUAUUCUAGUAAAUAAAAUUUUAGAGGCUUACUUAUAACCUC